AUGGCUCAAUCACAAAGGCAAAGGCCAGACUUGGACUACCAAAUAGGGAGGCAGACUCUUCCUUCUAGAAAUUUACAAACUCAUAAAGGUGUUUCAUCUCCCCACACAAAUUUGUCCGCACCGACCACCCCCACAUCAAGACAUUUCUAUGGUUACGAGUAUCACGAUCAUCACUUUGAAAAUGAAAAAAAGUCGAUCAUAAAAAGAGCAAAAGAUAAAGCCAAAAGGUGGAGAUAUUCAAUUUUGCGAAGAAAAAGCAACAAGCAUGAAAACGACAAUAAGCCACAAGUCAGCUUGGAUGAAAUGGAGGAGCAAGAAAUAGAGAAUCAUGGAACAACAAAUUAUGGAUUAACUUGUGAAGAAGACUCAUCUACGAAGGAGUCAACAACGAUCCGUUAUCUGAGUUCAAACAGCAAUUCUACAAGAAUUACUUCACAGGCAAAUGGAAAUUGGGAAAUUGAAAUGAAGCAAGCGAAUGAUGCGGCCAAACAACCAAGCAAAGCAUAUAACCCACCUAAAGAUGCAAAGCCAACUCCUUCAACAGCCAACAUAACACGGAUGGAUGAUAGCCACAUGAAUCAAGCUCCGGCCAACAAAACACGGAUGGAUGAUAGCCACAUGAAUCAAGCUCCGGCCAACAAAGCUCCGGCCAACAAAACACGGAUGGAUGAUAGCCACAUGAAUCAAGCUCCGGCCAACAUAACACGGAUGGACAAUAACAACAUGAAUCAAGCUCCGUCCGCCGCAUGGUCCACCUUAAUCACUAAUGAACACAACAACAGUGAGAAAAUGAUGCUUCCUCCUACCACCACCAUCUCUGAAUAUACUACAAAAAUGAAGACAGUGAAUUUGGAAACCACCACCUCUACCUCAAUCGCCAACAAUGACAACACCGAUUGUGAGACAAAGACAAUUGAUCUAAUCACCACAUCCCUUCCCUCUACCACCAAUGACCAUAAUACCAUAAAUGAGAUUGUACAGGAGAAGCUUUCUCCCUUCACCACCUCUAUAGCCCCUAUCUCUACCUCUAUUGUAAGUGGCCAUAAGAUUAGUAGUGAGAAAGAGAUGCAAUCUCCGAUCACAAUCACCUCUACCCCAGCCACUUAUGGGUAUGAGACCAUCGAUGAGCCAUUAAUAGAUACCCUUCUUUCAGGCACCACCACCUCUACCUCUAUCGUUAGUGACCAUAAGAACAUAGACAAUGUAGAGACACUUUCUCCAUCUCCUAUGUCAUUCGGGUUUGUUAAUGACCAUAAAACCAUAGAUGAGGUAGAGACACUUUCUCAAUCUCUUAUGUCCUUUGGAUCUAUUGUAAAUGGCCAUAAAACCAUUGGUGAGACACUAAUAGAGACACUUGCACCAGCUUACACUAUGGCCUUAGAGGCUACCCUACUAAUAGCCUCCAAAAUCCAAGAAUCUUGUCCACGAAUUGAAAAUGCUAAAAAGCAAUUUUGGAAUAGAGGGUUGUCAAUGAAGGAGUACUUGAUGAACAAACUUGAACCCACGGAGGAGGAUAGAUUACUAUGCGAAGUGAUUACAAAGGCAAUGAGUCUUCGAAAAGAUUUCAACCGUUGCAUUGUUGGAGUAGGCCAACUUGAUACGAGCAAAAAGGGAAUAGUUUGUUCUUCAGUGAAAGAGGAGAAACAUGAUUUUAAUUCACCUUUGCCAAUCUCUACUAAUCCAUUUAUAGAUUCCUCAUCUCCACAACAGUUUAAUCCCAAAUUCACAAGUGGUGGAUGGUGGUACAAGCUGGCCACAGAGAUUUACAAUUCCUUCCUCAUGCCUUCACUUCCUAGCCUUAUUCCGAUUCUCAUCAGUGUAGAGAACAGAAAGGCUUGUAAUGUCAAAGAUAAGCCCAUGUCUGCCGGUGAUAAAUUUGAGACCACAACGAUUACAAGGGACGAAAGAAGGUGA